GACGACAAAAUCAUAAAAGCGUAGAAUCUGAGUGAUUAAAUUCAUAAAUGUGGAAUACAACACAUUAGCGCAUUAUGGACAUUUUUAAUACCAAUAUUAUUAAAUAAAUAAAUGAAAGUGUGACGUAGAUUACAACAAACUUCAAGACAUAACCACACUUUGUGUCUAAGUCGGCUUUUGUAUCAAUUAUUUUUGCCGCUAGUUUACCGGUGCCUGCCAUGCUUGAAACAUUACAAAUGUUUCAAUCGUAUGCAGUUCUUUAUGCGGCCGUUCCAGUAUCAGUGAUCGUGGCCUUAGGCUUGUUCCGUAAGUGGAGGUCAAGGAAUUGGGCGAAAUGUUUAAGUAAUACCUGUCUGAGGGGUAAAACAUUCUUAAUUACUGGAGCCAACAGUGGCAUUGGGCUCGAGACAGGCAAAGCUCUGGUUAAGAGGAAGGCCCGAGUAAUUUUUGCUUGCAGAGAUCUAAGUAAAGCCAAAGAAGCAAUCGCAAACAUUAGGAAGGGUCAGCCCACUGGAGGCGAAAUGAUUCCAAUGCAAUUGGACCUAGCCUCAUUUGAGUCAAUAGAAAAAUUUGUAGAAGUUAUAAAAACUGGUUUCCACAAGAUUGAUGUGUUAAUAAACAAUGCUGGUGUGGUGGUGCCUUUAGACAGAGAUGUUAAAACAAAGGAAGGUUUUGAGAUACACUUUGGAGUGAAUCACUUGGGACAUUUCUAUCUCACAAACCUGCUGUUGGAUCACCUUAAGAGAGCAUCACCAAGCAGAAUCGUGAUCGUAUCAUCGACCCUCCACCAGAGCGGAAAACUCGACUUCGACGAUUUGAACCUGACGAAGGAAAUUGAGGCUGCGAAGCUUGGCCGAAGCAGCGCCCGCCGCAACCCCGGCUACUGUAACUCAAAGCUGAUGAACGUGUACUUCGCCAAGGCGCUGGCCGACAAGCUGAGCGGCACCGGCGUCGAUGUGUACGCGUGCUGUCCCGGGUUCUGUUACACGGAUCUGUUCAGGUACUCUCUCAAAUGGUACCAAUACCUCAUGUUGGCGCCCGUGUUAGUACUCUUCAUGAGGUCGGCCAAAGAAGGCUCAGAAACCGUACUCUACUGCGCUACGGACUACAGCAUCGAAGGUACGAGCGGGAAGUUCUACAGGAACUGCAGCCCUUUCGAAUCCAAGUAUCCCUUCAACAAGGAGGAGGAAAUUAAGCUGUGGAACGUCAGCGAAGAACUGGUGAAAGCCAGAAAGCCGAUUCCGUUGUAAACAAGUGCCUUUUAUAAUAUGAAAGCUGAUUUCAAAGUUAUACAUUCAAUGCGCAGGUCAACGGCGCGUCUCUCCGAUGUCACUCUGAAAUCAGCUAACUGAAAUUAAAACCUGACAACGUAGACAUAGAUCUAGCUAGAUACCGCAAGUUUACCCAUCUGUAUGAACCAAGCGUGUCAAGUACAGUCAAGCUGUAAAAAAAUAUAAAAUGAUGGCGUAAUUUUUAGUACAUUUUACUGCUACAGCCCAAUAUAGCAAGAUUAUAAAUAAUAUCAACAACUAUUAAUACUACACUAGAGAGGUCUAGCUAGAUCUAUGUCUGUGACCGGCUUAUAUGUUGAACGAAAAUGGCGGCGGUUUGUGCUGGUGCUAACCUAAUUGACAGUGGAAAUUUGUAGUUACUUUCCGGCCACUCUACACUGUUAAAUAUCUUUUUGCAUGUAUGUUCGUGUCUUCGUUGUCUUUGAUUCGGUUUCUUGUUUUUUUUUUGUCUUGUUUUGAGUUAAUAUUUUUACAAAUCCAUUAAAAGUUAUAAAUAAAGUACAAUUUAAUAUCAAAUUUUCUAAGAAAUAAAUCAUAAAGGUAUAU